CAGGCAGAGAGACAGAUAGGCGGAGAGAGAGACAGACAGGCAGACAGACAUUGAUCCUAAACUGGCAGUGAGACCCCAGCUAGCUCUCUUGUACCUGUCUGUCUCUCAGCCUGUCUGUCUGUGCGUCUGUGUGUCCCGGAGGAUGGCACCGGGGUGUGUCGCCGCCCUCCGCCAGCCCCGCGACACCUCAGGCGGCCACACGGAGCUCUGACAGCCCGCUGAACCAGAACCAGAGCUGGACCCGGAUCAGUGGAUUCAGACCGUGGACUGAGGAGGUCCUCAGGGUUCAGGAUGCCCUCAGAGCUGGCUGUAGGGCUGGUGUUCAGGGUUCUGCUGCCCCUCAUCUUGACUGCAGCUUGUGUGUUGAGGUUUAAUGGAUUCUCUCUGGUGUACGUGCUCCUGAUGCUGUUGCUGCCACUCCUGCCAGAACCGUCCACGUCAUCAGGUCGCUGUGUGACGGCCGUCUGCGUCUCCAGCUUCCUCUUCCUGUUGCUGCAGUCCUUCUUCCAGCUGACCAGCGCCUCCCUGCAGCCAGAGUCCAACUGUACGUCGUGGCAGAAGACUCUCGCUCAGGUCGGCCUGGUGAGUCUGACAGGAAGUGAUGCCGGCUCGGCAGUGAGACAGGUGUUUCCAGAUGUUGGCGUGCUGGUUGUUGGUCUGCUGACCUGGAGGUUGAUUGGAAGACUGAACGCAAACACACACACGCAGCCUCAGCAGGAGGAGGAGACGCAGGAGGAGCUGGUGUUUGAGGAGGACUCUGUGCUCGGACUGGAGGAGGAGGAGGAGGACGAGGACGAGGAGGACGAGGAGGACGAGGAGGAGGAAGGCAACAGAAACAGGGUUCUGGUUGAACUGGAAAUACUGAUGUGUAAAACCAGGAAGAUGAUGGGAAACAUGACAACGACUGGAGGAAAAGUCCUGGUGACGGUCCUACUGGGACUCACAGGUAUCAUGUUUCCCUCUCUCUCCUCCCUCCCCUACCUUCUCUGUUUCCAGGUGUUGUGUACCUGGUGGGCGUUGUCAGGUCAAGUCCCGCCCCUCCUCUUCAGGUGUGUGUCUGUGAUGUCACUGCUCUACUCCUCAUCUCAUUUCCUGCUCCUCUACUGUUACCAGCUGCCCUCCCUGCAGGAGGUGUGGCCUCCCAACUGCAUCUCCGCCAGUGCGUUCGGCCUGCUGCCGCUGGUCUCCGUGGACUGUUCUGCCCUCUGGAGGCUGCAGGUGAACUCUGAGCUCAGCUGGUUUCACUUCUGCAGUCCUCUGAUGCUGCUGCUGCUCUACAACACGGUGGCCACUCUGUGGAGGAACCAGCUGAUCGACGGCAUAGGGUGGUGGGGCGUAGAGAGGGCGGAGUCGGCGAUCAGCGUGAGCUGUGACAUCAUCACCGCCACCAGCAACCUCAGCGAUGAGGUCAGCAGUGACAUCACAGCAGAGAGACGCAGAGAGCUUUGGAGGAGAGCUCACGACCAGUGCAGAGACGUGUCAUCCACCAAUGACAGUCACUCCGACUCUUUUGCCCCGCCCACCCAGAGCACAGCCCUUGGAUUGGACAUUUCCUCCAUGCCGCACUAUUCUCUGAGCCAAUCGGACACGUUGGAGACAUGUGUGUUUGAAGGAGACGGAUGGGAGGAAGAGGAGGAAGAGGAGGAGAAGAGGAGGAGGGAGGAGGAGGAAGAGGAGAGAAGAAGGAGGAGGGAGGAGGAGGAGGGAGUCAGUGCCGCCUCCAUGGCGUUCAGCUUCCUCCUGAAGCAGAGCUACCUCUGUGCUUUGAUGGCCAUGAUGGCGUGGCCCAUCACAUACGUGUCCUGGCUGACGUGCGUGCUGCUGCUGUGGUCGUGCGUCCUCUGGAUGAUGCGCGAGCGCCGCCGGUACACGCUGAUGUCAUCGCCCUGGCUGGUCGCCUACGGCAACUUGCUGGUCAUCAUGCAGUACGUCUAUAGCUUCCCCUCCAUCCAGGAAGUCCCUGGCCUGUUCCCCAGAAAAGAUGACCCCUGCAGGGAACUGGCCUCCAAGUUGCUGUGUCUGAUGACCUUCUGGCUGCUGCUGCGUCAGGCGCUAACGGAGAAGAGAGACAGACAGGCAGACAGACAGGCAGACACACAGCUGUCUAACAUCACUGUCCACAUGGAGGAGGAGCAGCAAGAGGAGAAGGAGGUGCCCUAUGAGGAGGUGCUGCUCCUGCAAACAGAAGGGGGAGGAAUUAAGAUGGAGGCUCUUGGUGCCGUGGUUACCAGGAUGUUCGUUAAAUACUGGAUCUACGUCUGUGGAACGAUGUUCUUCUUCGUUAGUUUUGAAGGAAAAAUCGUCCUCUACAAAGUCAUCUACAUGGUUAUGUUCCUCUGCUGCGUCGCCCUCUACCAGUUGAACUACGAGCGUUGGCGUGCCAUGCUCAGGGGUUUCUGGGUAGCAGUGGUAGUUUACUCCAUGUCGGUUCUCAUCCUGGUCUACACCUUUCAGUUCCCCUCGUCACUCCAUACCUGGAGCUACUACACUGGAUUAAGUACACACAGGUUGGAGGAUGUUGGUUUGGAGAAGUUCUCAGUUCCUGUUCUCUUCACCAGGAUCUUCAUCCCUGCUGCGUUCCUUUUGGUGUGCAUUGUACACCUGCAUUACUUCCACAAGCCAUUCCUGCAGCUGACCGACCUGAAGACUGUGGUGGACACACACAACAGCACCAUCACCAGGUUGGUCCACUCUGACGGCAGCCUGUUCGACCUGUCGCUGUGUGGAGCUCCUCAGCUCCUCCUGGAGGCCGCUAAGAGCAGAGGACAAAGGGAGAGAGAGACGGAGACAAAAGAGAAAUGGAAGGAGGAGGAGGAGGAGGAGGAGGAGUACCCUUGUGUGUUUGAGAGGGAAACCCUGUCUGACCACAUUAAAGUGCUGGUCUCCUGGAGGUUGGUGGUGGAUCGUCUCUCUGUUUUGUUCCUGCGCCUACUCCUCUCCUUGCAGCGCCUGCAGCACCUCCUCUGGUGGCUCCUGGAACUCCACAUAGUCAAGAUCGUAUCCUCCUACAUCAUCUGGAUCUCUGUGAAGGAGGUGUGUGUGUUUAACCUGCUGUUCGUACUGUGUGUGGGCGUGGCUCUGCCCUGCAGGGCGUGGCGCCCCCUGCUGUCAGGAGUCUGCACAGUUUGGACCUGUGUGGUGACCGUCUGCAAGAUGUUGUACCAACUCAAAAUCGUCCAGCCCGUCAGAUACGCCUCCAACUGCACCAUGCCAGGUAACUCCAGUACCUACCUGUCUCGCUCUAUUUUGUACUCUGGUCCAGUUGACCCCGCCCAGUGGGUGGGGCUUCGGAAGACGGAUGGAAAACUUCUUGACUACCUGAGGUAUAACCUGAUGAUGUUAGCGCUGUUAGCCUUCGAGGUGACGGUCUACAGACACCAGGAGCUCUACCGUCUCCGCCGCAACGAAGUCCCGCCCCCUACCAGAACGCUAUUUCAUGACAUCACCAGGUGUCACCUGGACAGCAGCGUGCUAAGCUGCAUUAAGUACUUCCUCAACUACUUCUUCUACAAGUUCGGUCUGGAGACCUGCUUCCUGUUGGCUGUGAACGUGAUUGGUCAGCGGAUGGAUCUGUUCGCUGUAGGCCACGCCUUUGGUCUCAUAAGCGUUCUAUCAAAGCGUGGCAGGAAGCACAUUGCCUCAGUGUGGCCCAAGUACUGCUACUUCCUGUCGGGGCUGUUGUGUUUCCAGUAUCUUCUGUGCAUCGGGUUCCCUCCGGCCGCUUGUAAAGAUUAUCCCUGGAGACCUCCAUCCUUCAACAUGGACUCCAACGUGGUGAAGUGGCUCUUCCUCCCUGAUCACCUGACACCACCGAACCCAAUAUUCCUCCUCUAUGACUUCCUGCUCCUCCUCGGGGCCUCUCUGCAGCUGCAGGUGUUUGAGGAGGAGCACCAGUCAUCGGUUCAGACCCUCGCGGGAGACAACUGUGAGCUGGAAGAGGAUGACGGACAGGUCUCCGAUCCAAUUAGGCGACUCCGUCUCAACACAGGCCCGGACUUCAUGCUGUGCAGGUCUUACCUUGACAUGAUGAAGCUGAUCAUCUUCAGCUACAUGUUCUGGUUCGUCCUCACCAUCAUCUUCAUCACUGGGACGACCAGGAUCAGUAUCUUCUGUAUGGGUUACCUGGUGGCUUGUUUCUACUUCCUAUUGGUGGGCGGAGACUUGCUGCUGAAACCAGUCAAAUCCAUCCUGGUGUAUUGGGAUUGUCUGAUUGGCUACAACGUGUUUGUCAUCACCAUGAAGAACAUUUUGUCGAUCCUAGCCUGUGGUUUCAUCAAGUCGUUGGUGUCGAAUCACUGUUGGCUCAUUCAGCUCUUUAGUCUGGCCUGCACCAUCAAAGGAUACACCAAACCGAAGCAGCAGAGCAGUAAGCAGUGUGAGUUGCCGAGUGACGAGGCGGGCAUCAUCUGGGACGGAGUCUGUUUCUGUUUCCUGUUGCUUCAGAGGAGAGUCUUCAGGAGUCACUACUUCCUUUGUGUUGUCCUAAACCUUCAAAAUACACAACUACUGGCCUCCAGGGGGGCGGAGCUCUUUGAGGCGUCCACAGUGAAAGCUGUCAGAGCAAGACUCGAAGUGGAGAAGACAUCCAUGGACCUUCUGAAGAGACAGAUGGAGAGAAUCAAAUCCCGACAGAAGAAGUUUCGCAGAGGAAAAGAGAAAAUGUUGAGUUUGACCCAAGACAGCUUCCAUACCGACGAUCAGGAGAACAGGAAGGGCCGGAGCCAGAAGAAGUGGUGGAGACCCUGGGUAAACCACGCCUCCAUGGUACGAAGCGGCGACUACUACCUGUUUGAGACGGACAGCGAGGAAGAGGAGGAGGAGGAGGAGAAGAAGAAAGAGGAAGAGAAGGAGGAGGAGCAACCUGAUAAAUCAGCCUUCCAGUUUGUGUAUCACGCCUGGAUAACUGACUCCAGAACAGCGAUGAGAGCUCGCAACAACCAUGAGAAACUCUGGAAGAAGAACUCCUCUGAUCGAACGAGCAGGACGGAGGAGAAGAGAGGAGGAAUAGAAGUGAUGGAGGACACGGAGGACGGAGAGGAGGAAGAGGAGGAGGAGGAGAAAGAGGAGGGACCAGACACGGUGCUGCGUCGGUUCUCCAGCACGUUGCGGUUCUGCUGGGUUCUGCUGUCGGCUCUGCUGGACUCUCUGACUGCCUGGCUCCGCGGUCUGUGUCAGGAGCACAUUGACAUCUCCACUGUCCUCCGCAUCGAGCGCUGCAUGCUAACGCAGCAGGCCAAGCAGGGUAAUGUUCCCACUAGAGAGGCAAUCCACGUUUAUUACCAAGAACAGAUGAUGAAAGCCUCCAGAGAGUCAGGCCUGAACUACAGUACCCAGGACGCCGAGCGGCAGGUCUUAGCAGAGAGAGGAAGGGAGGAGGAAGAAGAGGCCGUGAUUCAUGAUCCUGACGAAGAGCCAGAUGAGGAACCAGAGAACAAUCCAGAAAAACCAGAACCAAUAUCUGGAGGAGAUGUUCUAGGUGAACCAGAACCAGAACCAAAAUCUGGAGCAGAUGGUUCAGGUGAACCAGAACCAGAACCAACAUCUGGAGCAGAUAGUUCAGGUGAACCAGAAGCAGACCCAGUAUCUGGGGUAGAUGGUUCAGGUGAACCAGAACCAGAACCAAAAUCUGGAGCAGAUGGUUCAGGUGAACCAGAAGCAGAACCAGUAUCUGGAGUAGAUGGUCCAGGUGAACCAGGAGCAGAAACAAAAUCUGGAGUAGAUGGUCUAGGUGAACCAGAACCAGUAUCUGGAGUAGAUGUUCCAGGUGAACCAGAAGCAGAACCAGUAUCUGGAGUAGAUGGUCUGGGUGAACCAGGAGCAGAACCAGUAUCUGGGGUAGAUGGUCCAGGUGAACCAGGAGCAGAACCAGUAUCUGGGGUAGAUGGUCCAGGUGAACCAGGAGCAGAACCAGUAUCCGGAGCAGAUGGCCCAGAUGAACCAGUUCCAUCGGAGGCUCCAUCCUCAGGAGUCGAACCAGAGAGAGUAACAGCAGAAGGUGACUCAGCAGUGGAAGAUUACCCAGAAGACCUGCUGACUAAAAACAGUCAAAGAUGGCGACCCAAACUGACCAGGAUGGAGCGAGUCCCGUCUCCAUCGUCCUCCUCGUCUUCAGAGGAAGAACCGACGAGAGCUGAAGAAUCAAAGCCGACUCCCGACUCCCUCCUCCCCCCCUCCUACAGCCUCGCUCUGGGGCUGGACCUGCAGGACAAGGAGGAGGAAGGUGGGGGGGCAUUCAGGAGGCGGCCGGCUCAGACUCCGGAGGAGCGGAGUGACUUCCUGUCCGACUCGACCUCCACUUCUUGUCUGGCAGCGUCUGGCGCUCAGGAGCUGACGGCCAGCGAGCUGCUGAGGAGCAGGACUUUCUACGACGCGGAGCUGGAGGCAUCGGACCGCUUCUACGGGAAUCAACACCAGCUUCUCCAGAUGUGCUAUGCCCUCUACAACAUCCUGGCGGCCAGGUCGGAGACGGUGUGUUACCUGGUCAUCGUGCUGAACCACAUGGUGUCUGCCAGCUGUCUGACGUUGGUACUUCCUGUUCUGGUGUUCUUGUGGGCGACGCUGUCCGUCCCUCGACCCAGCAAGACGUUCUGGAUGACCGCCAUCAUCUACACUGAGGUCACCAUCGUCAUCAAGUAUUUCUUCCAGUUUGGUUUCUUUCCAUUCAACCAGAAGCUGGAGGUGGAUCGGUCCAAACCGUUCCACCCUCCAAACAUCCUGGGAGUGGAGAAGAAGGAAGGCUACGUUCUGUAUGACCUCCUGCAGCUGCUCGCUUUGUUCUACCACAGAGCCAUACUCAAGUGCCACGGAUUGUGGGACCAGACUAUUACCACGGAGAAUGACGCCGUCCACCACGACAUUGAGGCCGCCUCCCUCGAUCUCACCGAGCUCACCGGCACCAUGCGGCGUCGAGGCAGGAGGACGACCUCCAGCUGCACCCAGCUGCGCUCUCCUGCAGUGUCUGCAGGCAGCGGGAUUUCCAGAGCUCAGCAGCCCGGAAGGUUGGCUCUGCUGCUGGAGAAACUCAGAGAGCUUUCCAUCAGAGCCAAGAAGUCCUCCGUAAGCAGGUGUAUGUCUCUCUACCAUCCCGUCCUUCACUUCUUCAGAGCUCUCGUCCAACCAGAAUACAGCGCCGUCACUGAUGUUUACGUCCUCAUGUUCCUUGCCGACACCGUCGACUUCAUCAUCAUCGUCUUCGGCUUCUGGGCCUUUGGAAAACACUCUGCGGCUGCUGACAUCACUUCCUCUCUCUCAGAAGACCAAGUUCCUGAAGCUUUCCUGGUGAUGGUUCUGAUCCAGUUUGGUACCAUGGUGAUAGACAGGGCUCUGUAUUUGAGGAAGACCGUUCUGGGGAAGUUGGUCUUCCAGGUGAUUUUGGUUUUUGGGAUUCACUUCUGGAUGUUCUUCAUCCUGCCGACAGUCACUGAGAGGCGGUUCAACCAGAACCUGGUGGCUCAGCUCUGGUAUUUUGUGAAGUGUGUGUACUUUGGACUGUCGGCCUAUCAGAUUCGAUCUGGAUACCCUACAAGAGUUCUGGGAAACUUCCUGACCAAGAGCUACAACUACCUGAACCUCUUCCUGUUCCAGGGUUUCCGUCUGGUCCCCUUCCUGACGGAGCUGAGGGCGGUGAUGGACUGGGUGUGGACAGACACCACGCUGUCUCUGUCCUCCUGGAUCUGUGUGGAGGACGUUUACGCCCACUGCUUUGUCUUAAAGUGCUGGAGGGAGUCUGAGAUGAGGUACCCUCAGCCUCGCGGGCAGAAGAAGAAGCGUGUUGUGAAGUACGGGAUGGGCGGUCUGAUCGUGCUGCUGCUGAUCUGCAUCGUUUGGUUUCCGCUACUCUUCAUGUCGCUCAUCAAGUCUGUCGCCGGAGUCGUCAACCGACCGAUUGAUGUUUCCCUGACCAUCACACUGGGAGGCUUCCAGCCCAUCUUCACGAUGAGUGCACAGCAGAACCAGCUGAGAGACGUGACUGAGGAAGACUUGGAGUCCUUCACCAGCUCCUACAGCUACACACCUAGUGCCUUGCAGUUCCUGGAGGCGUAUGGUCAUGAGGACGUAACGGUGGCAGAGCUUCAGGGCAGCAGCAACUCUCUGUGGACCAUUAGCCCUCCCAGCAGGCAGUACCUGAGCCAGGUGCUCAGUCUGGACCACUUCCCCCUGACUGUGUCCUGGACUGUUCAGAGGAACCUGAGUCUGGGGGCGAAGGCGGAGCUUGCGUCAGGUAAACAUGUGGCCUAUCUGGACGACCAGACCCGCCUGGAGCUGAUCCAGCUGCUGAACGGGACGAGGUCACUUCCUGUUGUCAUACACAAAGUGUUUCCAUGUUUCAUUCGAGCUCCCAGCGACUCCAACUCCAAACCCAUCGAACAGCUUUACUCAGACAACGGCUACAAGGACAUCCUGCUGGCCCUGGAGCGGUCGACCAAUCAGAGCCGAGAGAUCCAGGACUGGUGGAUCGUUGACCAACCAGCUGCCAACCUGGUGCCCAUUGGAGGCGUAACUUCGCUGAGUGACAAGAGGGAGGCGGGGCUUCAGCUGUUUGUUUUCAGUGAUAAAGUCAGUCCUCCGAGUCUGGGCUUCCUGGCUGGAUACGGCAUCAUGGGUCUUUAUGCGUCGGUGGUUCUGGUGAUCGGGAAGUUUGUGCGUGAGUUCUUCAGUGGGAUCAGUCACUCCAUCAUGUUCGAGGAGCUGCCGUGUGUCGACCGCAUUCUCAAACUCUGCACCGACGUCUUCCUGGUGAGAGAGACAGGUGAGCUGGAGUUGGAGGAGGAGCUUUACGCCAAACUGAUCUUCUUGUAUCGAUCGCCGGAGACGCUGAUCAAAUGGACCCGACGCUGACCUCAUCGAUCAAUACCUGUGGGGACAUCACGAACUGUGACAUCAUCAUGACAGUUGUCUCUGAAUCGGUGGUUCCUCAGUUCUCCUGAUGGAACCAUUUAAAGAGCAUUUACUGAGUUUUUUAUUUUGAAGGUUUCCAGAAACAUUAUUCUCUGUGUGACCAAUAGGAGCAGCAAGUGGGCGGAGCUAACCUUCUGAUGAACAGGACAGUGGUCGUGUUUCUAUUCAGUUGUCAAACAAAAGGCUAACUUUUGAAACGUAGUACGAAAUCAGCGUCGUCGUCCCCCCAGACACUAACAUGUGAUUGGACGGUGCUACUGACAUUUCCUCAUUGACUUCCUGUCAAACUGGAACUAUUAAAGUUAUAAAUAUUUUACGAAACACUUCUGAGGCAUCAAUCAUGUCACACAGCUGCUCUCUUAUUUCUGUUAAUUUUACUGCUACAUUAGCUUCAUGUUAGCUGUAUGUUUGGUCUACAUUAGCUUUGUUAGCUGUAUGUUUGGUCUACAUUAGCUUCAUGUUAGCUGUACGUUUAGUCUACAUUAGCUUCAUGUUAGCCGUAUGUUUGGUCUAGAUUAGCUUCAUGUUAGCUGUAUGUUUAGUCUACAUUAGCUUAAUGUUAGCCGUAUCUUUGGUCUACAUUAGCUUUAUGUUAGCUGUAUAUUUGUUCUACAUUAGUUUUAUGCUAGCCGUAUGUUUGGUCUACAUUAGCAUUAUAUUAGCCGUAUUUUUGGUCUACAUUAGCUUCAUGUUAGCUGUAUGUUUGUUCUACAUUAGCUUCAUGUUAGCCGUAUGUUUGGUCUACAUUAGCUUCAUGUUAGCCAUAUGUUUGGUCUAGAUUAGCUUCAUGUCAGCUCUGUUUGGUGAAAACAGCUGUUCAUACAGUCACAACAUGACACUGGAAUCACAACCACACAGUCUGAGUCGCCUCCUAGUGACAGAAAACUGGAAGUAAAUGUAAUGUGUGUAGAAACUAGGUAUUAAUCAUUAGAUCGUGGUUUAUAGUAAAUCUGCUCACGUCACUGUAUUUUCUAAAUGAUAAAAACUGUAAACGUGUGUCUUCUGUGAAUAUUUA